AUGUACGCGAGGUGUGGAAGCCUGGACGAUGCGAGACGCGUGUUUAACAGGAUGAAGACGAGAGACGCCUUCUCUUGCAAUGCGAUAAUCGCCGCCUUCACACAGCACGGUCGUAAGAAACAGGCACUGAGGAUUUACAGGAGGAUGGAGCAGGAAGGUAUUCCAGCCGACGGAAUCACGUUCGUGAGCGUCCUGGUUGCUUGCAGCCAUACUUCACUCGUGGCUGAUUGUCGAGAUUUCUUCCAGUCUUUGGUGGACCACGGGGUGGUACCAUUGGUGGAGCACUACCUUUGCAUGGUGGACGUUCUGGGCCGCUCGGGAAGACUGGGAGACGCCGAAGAGCUGGUGGAAACUAUGCCAUAUCAAGCAGACGCAGUGGCCUGGAUGACUUUACCUGCUGCCAAGCGAUUUGACGACGCUCGAAAAGUCCGGAAGGAGAUGGAGGAGCGCAGAGUGACGACGCCAGUGGCAGUAAGCUACAUCGAGAUUGACAACGAGCUACACAUGUUUACGAGUGGUGGUAGAGACGAGCAGCAGGAGGGUCACGACGGCCGGACGAUGGAGAGGGUCCGGUUCCUGCUGCUGGAACUUUUAGAGCCCAUGAACCACCGGGUGUGCUCCGACUGCCAUUCUGCGAUCAAGCUCCUCUCAGAUAUCACUGAGAGGAGGAUUUUCGUGAGAGAUGGGAGCCGGUUCUACCACUUUGAGAAGGCAGCCUGCUCGUGUGGGGAUCACUGGUGA